AAAAAUUAUAGUCCUUUUAUUAAGCUUUUGACAAAAUAGUUCCUUUUGGCUUGCAGUUCCUAACAAGCAAGCAGUGGAUGAGGCAGUGGUCAAUAUGAUCAUCAAAGACUGUCAGCCACUCAGCUUUGUUGAAAACGAGGGAUUCAGGGAGCUCCUGAAGCUUAUUUUACCCUCGUAUGCUCUACCAAGCAGGAAGACCAUCAAGGACUUGGUGAGCCAGAGAUAUGAGGAGGAAAAGGAGAAAAACCAAAAAGGACCUCCAGAGUGCCGUUGCUGUUACUGUAACAGCUGAUAUGUGGACGUCUAUGAAUAUGGAGGCAUAUCUAGCUGUUACUGGCCACUAUGUGGACAAAGAAAGCCAUGAACUCCAUUCAUCAGUCUUGGGAGUGCAGCAUUUUCCUCCGAAACACACUGCAGAAAACAUCGCCACGGUUAAAAGGAGCCUCAUGGAGGAGUGGGGCAUAGCAGGAAAGGUCAGGUGUCUUGUCACUGAUGCAGCAGCAAACAUGACUGCAUGUGCUCGAAUGCUGCAAAUACGGCAUACCAUUUGUAUAGCCCAUUCCCUGAAUUUAAUUGUGAGAAAAUCAUGUGAUCAAAUCCCAACAAUAACUGAAAUACGCAACAAAACACGACACAUUGUGACAUACUUUCGAUCGAGCUUGACUGCUAAAGAGAAGCUCACUCAAAUACAGCAACAGUUGGGAACACCGGGCCAUAAAUUAAUAAACGAGGUGCCAACACGAUGGAACAGUACCUACCAAAUGUUUGAAAGAAUGACUGAGCAGAAGGAGGAAGUCUGGGUGUCACUGGCUUCAUUAAAACCUGACAUCACUCCACUGACUCCAGAAGAAUGUCAGAUCAUUGAAGAGAUGCUCAGGGUUCUUGCUCCUUUUGACCAAGCUACAAGAGAACUGUCUGAGGAAAAAAGGGUCUCUGGGUCAAAGGUCAUUCCCAUGAUGAGAAUGCUCCACAUUGAGCUUCAACGUCAGGCCACAACAGUGACAAAAACAGCUGCUCAGCGACUGGCUGGAAACCUGAGGAAGCGGCUAACUGACGCCAUUUGCGGCAUGGAAUCUCCAAGUGUAAUGACUCUGGCAACUCUAUUAGAUCCCAGAUUUAAAAAGAAUGGAUUUGUUAGCCAGCAAAAGGCAAGUGAAGCGGUGAAGAGACUGCAGUCAGAAUGUGCAGAAAUGAGGAGCCAAGAGCCUGACCCAAGAGAAGAAGAGCCUAGCUCUUCACAUGGGUCAGAACCCAGUUCAGGUAUGAAAAUACAUUUCUGUGGCACUUUGUGAUAUGAUAUAUAUCAUGUGAUAAUAAAGUAAUGAUUAACUAUUUUUUUUAGGGAACAAUCUCUGGAAAACUUUAGAUAUGGAGGUUGCAGAGACCCAGAACCAGGAAAUAUACCCACAUCUUCAUCAACUUGCACUUAAAACUCUCUGCUCACCAUCAUAGUCUGUACCAUGCGAAAGAGUAUUUUCCAAGCCUGGGGAGCUGGUGUGUAAGAGGAGAAAUCGCCUUGGAGCAAAGACACUCCAAAAACUUUUGUUUCUGAAUAAAAAUUCAUGAACUAAUCACUUUUUUGUCUUUUAUUUCAUAUGAUUUAGCAGUUAAGUGACAAAUGUGCACAUAAGUUAAAAAAAUUGUAAUUCUGAAUGUUCACU